AUGGGACGAGUGGCGCGGUACAAGAAGGCGAAGCAGUUCCAAUACCAGAUCAACAAGGAGCCUGAUCUCCUGGGUCCGGAAGGUAAGAAUGUGCCCCCGAAGCCCGCCGGCAGCGAUCCCACCAAACAGAUGCCCGCCUCCCUCCGGCGCAUGAUCGCCGCUCAGGAGAAGAUGAAAGAAAUCGAAGCGAGCAAGGGAAAGCGCAAGCGAGGGGAGGAUGCGUCUACGGCCACCACCACGACGACAGCGCAGGGCGACAAGGGCGCAGCAGCUGCCGGCAAGAAGAGGAAGAAGGCGGGCCAGGAAACGAAGGCGAACGUCAAGGACGAGAAGGAGGCCGAUGACGCCGAGCCCGAGACGAAGAAACAGAAGACCGAGACACCUCCAGAGAAGAUCAAGUUCGAGAGUAUGCGGCCGAAUGAGAGCUACAAGCAAUUCACGCGACGCUUGCGACAGGAGACGAGGACGGUCCUCCACGAAAAGGCCAUGGAGGAGAAGAAGAGCCUCUCGCGCGCCCGAAAGCAGAAGUUGAAGGAGAAGGAGGAGAGGCGAAAGCAGAGGAAGCUGGCGAAGAAGGAAGGCGAGGACUUCGUACAUAAGGACAGCGUCAAGUUCGGUGAAGUCGUGCAGCAGCCCCCGUCGCUCACCUCCAAACCCCGCGUCAAGAAAUCGGCGGCAGCGGUGGUGGCGGACGCGAUGAAGCAAAAGCAGCAGCAGGGCCAGUCGCCCAACGACGGGGCCAAGAAGAAGAAGGAGAAGAAGAAGAUGUCGAAGGAGGAGAAGCGGGAGGAGCGCGAGCGGCGCCAGAAGAUGACCGAGGAGGAGAAGGAACGGGAGAAGGCGCAGGAGGAGAAGGAGGCCCGCGAGCGGCGCGCCAAGCAGCUCCUCCUGGCCCGGGUCAUGGAGAGCUACAAGCAGAGCAAGGACCAGAAGAAGAAACAGCUCAAGGAAAUGGACCCGGCCCUCAAGAGGGAAACCGUGCACUACCUGUGA